ACCUAAAACAAGCUAAAAACAAUCAACUCUUAGCUUUUAAGGCUAGCUGCUUUAGUGUUUUUCUUCGGUUAGUCGGUUUAGUUGUGAGAAAUAUUAAAAUGUCCGCUUUAUCUCUGUCCUGUUGGACAAAACUCCAACGGAAUCUUCAUUACACCAGAACUCUGCUUCAUAAGGCUGCCUUUUGUUCUAACCAUCCCACCCAGAGCUCCCAGUAUGGACAGCACUCUGUGAGGAGAGUUGUUAUUACUGGAAUAGGACUGGUGUGUCCCCUGGGCACAGGCACCGCUCUGGUGUGGGAGCGCCUCAUCAGUGGCCAGAGUGGGAUUGUCGCCCUGGACCCUGAGGAGUACAGGACUGUCCCCUGUAAGGUGGCUGCUGUGGUACCGAGAGGGUCUGAUAAGGGUCAGUUUAGGGAGGAAACAUUUGCAACACGUGCGGAAUUAAACAGCAUGUCCCCGGCCACCGCAAUGGCUCUCGGGGCUGCUCAGCUGGCUCUUGAGGACGCAGGGUGGUGCCCCCAAAGCCCAGAGGAGCAUCUUAACACGGGGGUGGCUGUAGGCAUGGGGAUGGUGUCACUGGAUGAGAUUGCUCGCACCUCCGCCGCUUUCAGAGAAAAGGGCUACAACAGAGUGAGCCCUUUCUUUGUGCCGCGCAUCCUGGUCAACAUGGCAGCGGGGCAUAUCAGCAUCAAACACGGACUGAAGGGCCCUAACCACUCUGUGUCCACGGCCUGCACAACCGGUUCUCACGCCAUUGGUGAUGCAGCUAGGUUCAUCGCACACGGGGAUGCUGUUGCUAUGGUUACAGGCGGAACAGAAUCCUGCAUCGGACCACUGUCAAUGGCCGGUUUUGCCAGAGCACGUGCCCUCGCCACCAAAUGGAACGACGACCCUCCGCUGGCCUCCAGGCCUUUCCAUCCGGACAGAGACGGGUUUGUGAUGGGAGAGGGGGCAGCCGUGGUCCUGCUGGAGGAGCUGGGUCACGCAGAGGGAAGAGGGGCCAGGAUCUAUGCAGAGGUCCUGGGCUACGGACUUUCAGGGGAUGCCAGCCACAUUACUGCACCCUCUUCAGAUGGGGAUGGAGCAUUUAGGUGUAUGUCUGCUGCCCUUAGAGAUGCUGCAGUCUCCCCGACAGAUGUCACCUACAUAAAUGCUCAUGCCACUUCCACGCCCUUGGGUGAUGCUGCAGAAAAUGCAGCCAUUAAGAGGCUCUUCCAGCACAGCACUGACAGCCUGGCUGUUUCUUCUACUAAGGGAGCCACAGGGCAUCUGCUGGGUGCUGCCGGGGCUCUGGAGGCAGCAUUCACUGCUCUGGCCUGCUACCAUGGGGUGCUGCCCCCAACCCUCAACCUGGACCGCACUGAGCCUGAGUUCAACCUAAACUAUGUUCCCUGCACAGCACAACCAUGGAGGACUGAGGGCCGACGGCUCGCUCUCACAAACUCAUUUGGGUUUGGUGGAACCAACGCUUCAUUAUGUCUCAGCAGUUUCCCAUGACAAAAUGACUUGAUGACAUUUGCCUCAAAAAUAAUAAACUAGAGUUUAGAACAUCUGUUAUGUUCUAAAAUGACCCAGUAUUCACCAGCAAAAGUGAUGUCUUUAACUGGAACUGCUUUCCAUAAUGCUUUAAUUCAUUGGUGUAGAUGCCUCUGUCUUUGGGAACAUUUUAUUGUUCUUGACCCAAGUCAAGAACAAGAAUUAGGACUGUUAAAUAUUUUCAGAGUUCAUGGUGACUUCCUCCACUGCUGAGCACCGCUGUUAAUGUGUCUAAACCGUUAUGGUGUGUUUGGGUUUCUGCUAAAAUGACACUGUGAAUUAUGACUGAAUGUUGCAACAUUAGUCCAGUUUGUAUCAGGGUUGUUAUCCCAGAUGUGCUUUCUUUUCUGAAAGAACAAACUUCCAAAUAUGUUUAAAUAAAAUUGGAUCAGAGCCACUACCUUUAACUGACCUUUUGAAAAAACACAACUUAAUAUUUUUGGCAAAUAUAUCAUGUAGCAAAUAUACCAUUUUAUUCCUAUUUUUAGGUUUGGAAGUAAAGAAAAGCGUGCCUUUUACAAAAGGUGGAUGGAUACAUUUUCUUCUGUGGAAUGUUAGUAUUAAUGACAAAUUAUGGUGGAAAAAACAUAUUUCAAAUAAAUGUCAGGAAAAAUAGAUCUCAAAACGUAUUGCUGACACUUUUAAUGUCGGUCUAUUGUGGAAAUUUAAUUCAGUCAGUCCAUAAAAAAGCUGCUCCUUCCCGGUAAAAAAUGAAGCUACUAAAAAACUAAACUCUGCAUGUUUCUCCCUUCACCACUAGAUGGCAUCAGCUCACAGUUGAUCCCACACAUGUUAUCCCUCUUUUUCUAUUGUGCAACAGCCAAGAGGACUCUGCUUUUGAACUCAUAGAAGAUAUUUGUUCAUUACUCACAUCUUAUUUAUUGCAAAACUCUUGACAACCAACUGUAGUCCAUAACAACAUUAUUCACAACAAACAAUAGGAAUGUUUUUGCACUGUUUGCCUUGUCUUAGAAGGAAGGGUACCUACAAAGUCUUAAAACACUGACAUUGACAUGAAACAUCUUCAGUAGUUUAAGAUUUUCUAUACCAGAACUUGUCAAAUGGUGUUUUAGCUGUAAUUAUAUAUUCUUAAAAAGACCUCCUUCUGUAAAUGAGAGACAUUUUCUGUGUACGAUCAAAGCAAAGUAUUUUUAAAUAUUAGCUGAAGAUUAGGACACUGAGCUAAUCAGUCAUCUGUACAAGUCAAUGCUCAAUCAAUGCUCUUUUGUUGUUGCCUAGACCUUAGUCAUGGUUUUUGUACUGAAUGGAUCCACGAUGAAGAGAAGAAGUAGAAGCUAUAAGUUUUCAGAAUUUUACUGAGUGAAAAUUGUCUUCAGCAAAAGAUAUUAAAUCUGACCCUUGAAAAGGUGAUCCAAAGGGCAGCUGAAGAGAAGAGUCCAGGCAACCACAGAGGAGUCCUUGUGAAGAGACACAUUCGGGAGAAGCCUGAUGUGAGGAUAACAGAAGGAAAACCACAAACUGAGUGGUAGCAGCACACUGCAGCAACAGACCCAAAGAUGCUUUAUUCGAAAUGCAGGGACCCACAGCAGCUCAAAUCUAGAAUCCAUGAAGCAAAAUAUACCAACCACACAGGGAGACAGAGUAUAGAUCAAGCAAUACAAUUUGAUCUGAUCCAAAAAAAAAAAAAAAAAAUGAAAAUGUGAAAAUCCAGCAAGGGAGAGGCUGAGCCAGAGUAGGAACAGUUCAGGUUAGAUCCACAGGAAUCAGAAUCAGAACCAGCUGGACUGCUGAGACAGACAAUCUGGCAAUGAGCUGAGAAAACAUGUUUUCUGCUUUACGAUAAUCUGGAGCACUGUCAGUUUUUUGCUUAUGGUUAUUAGUAAUAUCAUGAUCUGAAAACAAUGCUAUUUAUAAUGAAACACCUUCCUCUUAUUUUCUUCUGAGCCUUUACAUUCAGCCUGUUUCUGUGUUCUCAGCUUUAUAGUGGAAAAAACAAAAAAAAAUCUCAAGAAGAGAAGAGAGAAAAAGAAGGUUAAUUAGAGUCAGUGUGUCAGGAUUUGAAUGGAAGUAGUGGUGGUGUAAAUUGUGCACUGCUCCUCCACAAAGCUCUGCUCUGCAAUAUGCAAACGUCUUUUCAGUUCUAAUUAUUCUGCUGAGAGGAAAGGAAGGAUAGCCAGAUCUGGUUUUUCUUUUCAUAGAUUACAUGUGGGUAAAAUCCCAAGUAUUUUAAUGAAUUUAAGCUAAUAUUUUAGGUUUUAGGUCCAUUUUGUUCUAUAGUUGAGGUAAUACACAUCUGUACAUACAAACACCAGAAACAGCAGAUAAAGGAAAUUUGUCUUUUGAGGAAUUUUUUUUUAUUUCUAAUAGUCUCACAUUGUUAAAAGGCAGUUUAUUCCCCAUUCAAUAGACUCUAUGGAAUAGAGACACAUGUAUCUAAAUCCCCUCCUCAAUUGUCAAGUCUCACUCUGGCUGUUUAAUGUCUGGUUCUGUUCUAGCUACGGUGGGUGUGUCUCCAUUAGCAGUGUGUUCCUCACUAUGUGGGCGGUCUGUGAGAGUUGUAGAGAUACUCUGACGAUGUCAUUUUGGGCACGUACCCAUGGUCCCCUGGACACCACAGAGUCCAUCAUGAACUCCACUGUGUAUCAGAGGGAGCCUGGAAAAUAUGUAACACCAUCUGUAAAAAAAAAACUAAACAAAAA